AUGUUGUUUCAAGAUGAGUGCAGGCGAAAGGGAAGAUGGGAUGAACCGUUACUGGAGCACAAUAACACAGCAUGGAAGGAAUGGUUAAAAGACCUACUGAAUCUGGCGAGCCUCCGCGUUCCCCAAUGUUACAAGAUUAAAGAGGUUGGACGAGCAGUCUCAGUCCAGUUGCUUACAUGUUGCGAUGCAUCGCAGGCAGCGUACGGUAUGGUUUCCUAUCUCAGAGUGACAGACGACCUAGGAAGGAUCCACUGUUCCUUUCUAUACGGCAGGGCAAAGUUGGCUCCCCUCAAACAACAGACAAUACCCCGAUUGGAACUUUGCGCAGCUGUGUUAGCCGUCAAUGUUGACCGAAUGAGAGAAGAACUGACCAUGGAUAUAAAAAAAUCGUUCUUUUGGACCGGUAGCAUAUUAGUUCUCCAGUAUCUUGCAAAUGCCAGUCGACGAUUCCAUACCUUCGUUGCAAAUCGGGUGGCUAUGAUACAGGAACUGUCAGAAAUGAAACGGUGGAGGCGUGUAGGUAAGUCAAUGAAUCCAGAGGACGAUGAAAGCCGAGGACUUUCUUUGGGGAACCUGAUUGAUGUUUGCCGAUGGAUCCAAGCACCGGUUUUUCUGUGGAAGGUCGAGGAACAGACGCCGGAAAAGCCUAGACUACCACUGAAUCUAAGUGGCGACAUGGAAGUGAAGCAGACAUUGGCUAUUUUGGCGACUGGUAGCCUAGCCACACGAGACACACAAACAAAAAACGCUCUGUAUAUAUUGUGGGCUAGAUAUUCAAACUGGCCCUAUUUACUGAGAGGAGUAGCUUGGCUCAGAAGAUUCAUAAAAUGGCUUGAGAAUAUACUGUAA